GUACCAAUAUUUGUGUUUAAAUAAAUAAAUACAUAAAAACCGCUCACCAUUCCCAAACAGCCUGGAUAAAACAUUGAAAUGGGCUUCCCGACUCUAUUUGAAGUUCAAAAAGCUAUAGCUAAUCUGAAACUAGGAAAAACAGCUGGUCUAGAUUGAUUAGCUCCAGAGGCCUUUAAGGAUGGUGGUCUAGUUUUAGCGAUUUGGUUGGCCAAUGUUUUAGCUAAAAUCAAGGAGUUGGACGUAAUCCCAUCUAACUGGUCGCAAUCGCUUAUUGUCCUAAUAUACAAGAAGGGGUCGAAAUUAUCCUGUAAUAACCAUAGAGGAAUUAGUUUGACUAAUAUAACAUCUAAAAUACUAGCCUGAAUAAUUAUUGGGCGCCUAGCUAAGACUCGUGAACUGCAAACACGAGAAAAUUAGACUGGCUUCAGAUCUGGUCGUGGCUGUGUCGACCACGUAUUCACUAUUCAUCAGGUCUUAGAACACAUGUUUAUCGGCGUCCGACGAUGAUAGUUUUUCUUGACUUAAAAGCAGCAUUUGACUCUGUAAACCGAGAGGUUCUGUGGCAGUGUGUCAUUGGAAGGUGUACCUCGGAAGUACAUAAACCUUGUGAAGGCUCUUUGCUCGAACACCACCGGUCAAAUGAGAGCUUAUAGAGAACUGUCGUCUGAUUUUACAACCUCAAAUGGUGUCCAGCAAGACUGUGCACUAUCUCCAUUCUUGUUUAAUUUCAUCAUAGAUUUACUGCCCGACUGUCGCUGCUACCCUGACUUGGUGGUCGUGCUUGCCUACUGUAAUGAAUCAACCUAGCUAUACUGGCUGGAACAAUCGUUCCUCAAGGUUUUACCAUGCCAGACGGGUCGGUUGAAGAGCGGUAAGACUAAAAGCAGCAAACACAGGGUCCGAGGACGAAGUCGUGCUGCUGACUGUACAAAAAGCUCGUCUGGUUUUUGCCAACUUACGCCACCUGUGUCGAAGGUGAGAUAUCUGUUUAUGAAUGAAGGGACGAGUAUACUGCGCAGCAGUUCGCUCUGUUCUAAUUUACGACUUCGAAACGUGGCCCUUAAGAGUAGAAGAUACUCGUAACUUACUAGUAUUUGACCACAGAUGUCUUAGAAAUAUUGCUCGCAUCUGCUGGGAUCUGCGGGUAAAUAAUGGUGAGGUUAGACGCAGGGUAUUAGGGAAUGAUGGUAAAUCAGUUGAUGAUUUUGUAAAUCUUCAUCAACGGAGAUAGUUAGGCCACGUGUUACGUAUGCCCGGACAUUGAUUAUCACGACGCGCUAUGCUCGCUAGUAUUAGGGAUGGUUGGACGAGAGUGAGGGGUGGCCAAACCAAAACGUGGCAUCAGUCCUUGAAGUCACUAACCUCUAGUCUGAGCCAUGUUGGUAGGUGCGGACUACUUGGUUGGGGGCCGUGUGACUAUCGUAACCAAUGGUUGGAGACUAGGUGACAUGGCUCAGAGUCGAUCACAAUGGCGUAGGUGUAUACACUGUCUUCCAUUAAACUAUGAGAUUAAAAUUGCUGCAUAUCUUUCUUUAUUCCUGUACUAUAUCCUUAUAUAAAAUCUUUCCCUUAUAUAUUAAUACCACUAAAUUAACUACUUCUAUGAGUUCAGUGUUCAUUUUGUUGUGCUAAUGAGGUAUGGCAACUUGGACCGAUGCUUAUAUGUCGCGGUGUUACGUUGUAGAUGAAUAACUAAAUGUGUUCUAGGCUCAAAGAGAGUUUUAUACCAUAUGUAUGCACUCCAUCCCCCUAUGAUUCCAAUUAUUGCCCCGGAAUUUUCUUUGCGUAUCCGUUCAUAUAGUCAUUGUCGUGGUCAUUUGUGUGUGUAACGCUGUUAAUUAUGCAUGUCUGUUUAGAUGGAGAGGAAAACGAGGGCAGAACUCCAUUACUUUCUGACCAAUCAAGGACAGUAAAACCCAUUCCAGCGCAUCAUAGUCGCAGACCACGAAAUUCACCACAUUCAGAAGAUUUUGGAAAAAUUGGUGUCAAUGUUAACCUUGGGGAGAGAAACAUGUUCAGUUUUCAACGAUUAUGGACGUUCACAGGCCCUGGAUUCUUAAUGAGUAUUGCCUAUCUGGAUCCUGGAAAUAUAGAAUCAGAUUUGCAAAGUGGUGUAAUCGCUAAUUAUAGGCUUCUAUGGCUUUUACUCCUAGCUACAUUGAUGGGAUUAUUUCUACAACGUCUGGCUGCUCGUUUGGGUGUAGUGUCAGGUAGACAUUUAGCAGAAGUAUGCUAUGAUGAAUAUCCUACGCCGGCACGUAUUAUACUAUGGCUUAUGGUUGAAGUUGCAAUUAUUGGGUCAGAUAUGCAAGAGGUGAUUGGUACUGCUAUAGCUAUAAAUUUACUAAGUGUUGGUUAUGUACCUUUAUGGGCUGGUGUACUUAUUACUAUUUUGGAUACUUUCACCUUUUUAUUUCUUGAUAAAUAUGGUUUACGUAAAUUGGAGUUCUUUUUUGGACUUUUAAUAACUAUUAUGGCUGUGACAUUUGCUUAUGAGUAUAUUGUUGUAAAACCUGACCAAUUAUCUCUUUUACGCGGAUUAUUUGUGCCUUCUUGCCCUGGUUGUGGUUGGCCUGAAUUGGAACAAGCUGUUGGUAUACUCGGUGCUGUUGUAAUGCCUCAUAAUUUUUACUUGCAUUCUGCCCUUGUUAAAUCACGUGAUAUAGAUCGAAAUAAUCCAUUUCUGGUUCGUGAAGCGAACAUGUAUUACUUCAUUGAAUCAACCAUUGCAUUAUUCGUUUCCCUUAUGAUCAACAUAUUUGUUGUAUCAGUAUUUGGUGCUGGGUUUUAUGGUAAAAAUGUUAAACAAGUGAUUGAGAAUUGCACACGUGAGGGUAAAAUUCCAGUUCGUUUUACAAAUGCUGCUUCUAGUUUUGAUCCAAAUAGUGUUGAUUUGUACACAGGAGGAAUAUUUUUAGGUUGUGAGUUUGGUCUGGCGUGUCUUUUUAUUUGGGCUAUCGGUUUAUUGGCUGCUGGGCAGUCGUCUACAAUGACUGGGACAUAUUCUGGACAGUUUGCUAUGGAAGGAUUUUUAAACUUAAAAUGGAAACGCUGGCAACGAGUGUUAAUAACGCGUUCUAUAGCUAUUUUGCCCACUAUUUUAACGACUGUUUUUAGAGGCAUUGAAGAUUUAACUGGAAUGAAUGAUUUCUUAAAUGUACUAAUGAGUGUUCAACUACCAUUUGCUGUUAUUCCAUUGUUAACAUUCACUAGCAGUAGAUCAAUUAUGGCAGAAUUUAAAAAUUCUAUCACAAACUACCCUUUUCUCAUGUUUACAAAAAGUCCGGUUUCAAUUGUUGCUAAUUUAAUAUCCGUAUCAGUUGUGUUAAUUAAUCUAUUCUUGGGUAGUGUUGUAAUUAAAGCACGUCUGCCACAUCAUUGGGCUGUGUAUUUAGGUAUGGGAUUAUUAUUCGCAUGUUACUUGGGGUUUGUAUUUUACUUGAUUUGGUUCGGGUUUAUUCAUGUAUGGCGUUCAAGAAGGACUCCUAUAGCAGUUGUUACAUUGAAUAUGGAUAGAUCUCUUUCAGUGAUUGACGUUGGUGCCACGAAUGUUACUAUUAAUGGUGAUGACGGUAAUCGAUCGACCAGUGAAGAAACUCUCCAUAAAACAAUGGUUCUUUCUUAGAAAUUAUACGAUACAUAAGGAUGUGAAAAGAAGUAGCUUAACCAAAUAACAAUACUUAGCAGAAAGAGAGCCUUUCGCCAAUUAAACCUUGUCUUUCUAAUUCAUCGGGACUACAAUUGUUAUUACUACUUCUAUAGUAUUUAUAUUUAACAUAAUGAUAUUUUUCCAGAUUGUUAUUAUGAUACUAUCAGAGUAUAUUUGGCCUUAACUUACUUUUUUAAAAUUAAUUUAUGGAAUGGUAAACAAUUGGGAAAUAAUAUGAUUGUCGUUUUGUCAAUUAAUCUGUCUACCCACUUUUUAAUCUAUUUCCAUGUUUAUUUUGAAUUGUUUGAUAUGCUGAAAUUUUUUGUAAUAUAAAUUGAAAUAAACAGUGCUUAGUUUUUUGUUCCCUACCAAUUUUGAUAUGAUUUUAGUUGCUUGUAGAGGUCUUGAAUAACUCUGAAAAGUUGAAGGAAUGUUAUUGUUACCUAGGUUUU